AUGGGAACUGUGAUGAAUAAAAAGUUGCCUCACAAGCAGAUGGUACAGAAAGUAAAAGGUAGAACAUUUCAUUUACCAUUACCAUUAGAACAAACAAUGAACAAAAUAUGUUCGAAAACUGAUGCGAUAAAUAAAAACAAUAUGGAAUUGUACAUUUUGGUUAGAGGUAUUCCAACAAAAGCAAAAAUUAUUUGGGAAGAAAUGGUAAAUCUUAAAAAAGUAUUUGAUGCUUUGGUAUGGUUAAAACAUAAUAAUCACCUUUAUAAACAUAUUAUACUGCCAGAUACUUGUGAUAGAUUAUGUUCGGAAAAAAAUGUAGAAUUUUUUGAAAUAAAAGAGACAGAAAAUGAUACUGAAUUUGUAUCGGACAAUGAUGAUAAUAAUGGUACAUUAUUAAAUUCAAAGAUUGAAAUGCAAGGAAUAAAAAAUAAUGCAGAAGCUAUUGUUUUAAAUCUUCAAGGUGACGCUAUGUUAACUCAGGUUACUGAUGACAAGGAUAGUUAUUACGAACAGUAUACCAUUUAUCCUUUAUAUGAAAAAAAAACACGUGAAAGUGCUAACGCUUUGUAUCAAAUGUUAAAAAUUGAAGAAUUACCCCUUGAUAACCGUGAAAAAUUUUUAGAUCUAUUAUGUUUUCCAGAUUUAUAUCCUUUUGGUGUUAAUGGACAACAUGAAACUAGACAAAUGAAACUUUAUGAUCAUGAAUAUAUUAAAUGUCGUUUGACUUCUAAACAUUCCCAAUAUAGAUUGAAUCAACAAUAUUUGUUUUAUUUAUUAAAUAAUGCGAAUAAUCGUCAAUUAAAGCGCGGUAUUUAUCAGAAAUUAAAUGUAACCAAUUUGCGAGAUCGUUACACGGCUUUGGAAUAUUUACAAGCAGUGCAGAAAGAUUUAUUGGAGUCUGAUUUGAGUACGAUAUUUUCUACUCUAAGAAAUACGGCACAAUAUUGGCGUAGACCAAGAUAUGAUUUAGAGUGCAUGAUACAACAUUACGGACCUGCGACAUGGUUUUUAACAUUGAGUCCUGGUGAAUGGAUGUGGGAUGAUUUAGGUCAAUACAUUCGUGAAGUAAAUGGUUGGUGUAACGAUUCGUCUUCCACCAGUGCUCUCGUUGCUAGAGAUCCUGUAUCAGCGUCAAGAUUUCUCGAUAAUAAAUUUAAAGCAAUGAUUGAUUUUAUUUGUUCCGAAGAUCAUCCGAUUGGAGAAGUUAUACAUUACUUCUGGCGACGAGAAUAUCAAGGUAGAGGGAUACAACAUUUUCAUAUGUUAAUUUGGAUUAAAGAUGCACCAAUUAUUGGUCUAUCUUCUGAAAAAGAAAUUUCUGAAUUUAUUUUACAACAUGUAACUUGUAAAAUGCCAGAUAAAAAUAUUUCUCCAUUAUUAUAUGAACGGGUUAAUUCAUACCAGCAACAUAAACAUAACGAUUAUUGUCUUCGUUCUAAGAAAAUGGGACGUAAAGUUGGUCGUAUAUGUCGUUUUGGAUUUCCUCGCUCUGUUACGAAUACGUUAUGUUUAAGAGAUGUUGUAAGUUCGAUAGCAGGUAGGAAACAGUUAAAGUCUAGAAAUAGGCUUUAUGAUCUUCCUCGAACGGAGAGGGAGAGUUAUAUAAAUGACUAUAAUCCCCCUACUCUUAUUGCAUGGAAUGGAAAUAUGGAUAUACAAUAUAUUGGAGAAGAUUCAAGGUUUAUUAAUAUGUACAUAAGUAAGUAUGUAAGUAAAGCAGGACAAUGUGAAUUAUCUGAAGAUAUUCUUGAUUGUAAAAAUCAGACAAACAAAUCGAUAGCGAGCUGUCUUUGGAAUAUUGGAUUACGAUUUUUAAAUAAUAGAGAAUGUGGAGCUGUUGAAGCUGCUGAUACGUUGCUAGGUAUUCCUUUAUAUGGAACUGAUCGAGAUACGACGUUUAAAUGGUUGGAUACGAAUCAGAUACGAUAUAGAAGAGUCAAAAAUGUUAAAGAAGUUGAAGCUCUCGAUGAAGAUUCUACAGAUAUAUUUUGUGCGUCUGUAAUAGAUGACCAUUAUCCACAUAGACCGAAAAAAUUGGAAUCGAUGUGUUUAUAUAAAUUUAUGCAAUGGUAUGAUAUUACGAAAGUUAAACCACAAAGUAAAAACAUUAAAUAUUACAAGAUGGAUAAUGGUUAUUACCUUAAACGGCGACAACGUGGACAUCUCAUUAAACAUUAUAAAUAUGAUGUUAAGACGCGGCCGGAAAAUUAUUUUUUUUCAUUACUUCUUAUGUUUCAACCAUGGCGAAAAAUGGAAGAUCUUAAAAAUGAUUGUGAUACUUAUGCAGAAUCAUUUCAUAAGGUAAAAUUACAUCUCGUCGAAGCAUUGCAGUAUCAUGAAAAAUUGGAAGAAUUGAAAAAAGCAAUUGAAACUGUAAAGGAAUUGGUUCAACAGCAGAUUGAUGAAAAACAGCAUUUGUCUCAAGAUGAUCCUGAUAAUCCGAUAGGUGUUCAAAAUAUUCAAGCUGGUGAAGCAAUGCAAGAUUUUAAAGAUCUCGGUGGUCACGAAGAAAAAAUCGAUAUAUCUGAAAUGAUUUCAAAAUUGAAUGUAGAUCAAAAAAGAGUAUUUGAUAGAGUCAUUAAUACCCUGUCAGAUAAAAAAUCGUUAUUACGACUAUACGUUAGUGGAGAAGGAGGCACUGCAGCGCCCACUGGUAUAGCAGCGUUUAAUAUAAAUGGUUUGACGAUACAUAGAUUACUUCAAUUACCCGUUGAACAUGGUUCUACUCCUAAGUAUAAACAAUUAGCUGAUCACGUAUUAAAAGUUUUACGAGCAGACCUCAAAGAUGUUAUUCUUUUUAUAAUUGAUGAGGAAAUAUUAUUAAUUGCUGAAGAUGAGAUUGAAUGUACACCAUAUAUUAAAAAAAGAAUAACAAAGGUAUUGGCGGAUAAUGAUGAUGAUAAUACUAGGACAGCUGGGCUUUUCAAACGAAUUACAAUUAAAAUUGGAGCAAAAGUUAUGAUAAGACGUAACAUUGAUGCCAGUUUAGGCCUUGUAAAUGGCACAAUUGCUACAGUUAUUUCAGUUGUGCAAGAUCCAUCUACAGAUUAUGUAGAAAAAAUUAAACUUCUUUUACCAUCUGAUUUGGAAUAUUUUAUUGAAAGAGUAAGUGUCAAAUUUCAAGUUAUGGAAAAUGCAUUUGUUAUUAGAAAACAAUUUCCAAUAUCUUUGAGUUAUGGUAUUACCAUUCAUAAGGCCCAAGGAUUAAGUUUACAAAAUGUUGUUACGGAUAUAGGGUUAUGUCAGCAAAUCCUGCUCGGUUUCUGCAAUCAAUCUACUGGCAUGCCAUGCCAGCAGGCUUUGUCGACAAAUCCUGAGCUUAAUGCGGACACAGAAUGCUAUGAAUCUGCAAUGGGUAUCUGA